AUGGCAAUUACAAACGGUUCGUGUCCUUCUCUGGGCUUCAUUUAUUGUGCGAUCCUCGCUGACCCCAGGAAUCCAGAGUCUAUUUGGGCCGCAACCCCCUCCACGACGAGGGGCCAGCCUACCCAGCUCUCCUCUGACGCGAAAGGUGAACGUCUGGCAUAUGCGUCGAAUAAAUCCAUCUUCUUGCGUUCAAUAGAUAACCCCGCCAUCGCUCGUCAAUAUACCGAGCAUAAGGUCCAGACUACUGUCGCCCGGUUCUCGCCCUCAGGGUUCUAUGUGGCCAGUGGUGACUCGAGCGGAAUCGUUAGAGUUUGGGACUGCGUUGGGGAGGGAAUUACAAAGGGCGAGUACAGCAUUGUCAAUGGUCGCAUCAACGAUCUUGCCUGGGAUGGCGAUUCUCAGCGCAUUAUCGCCGUUGGAGAUGGGAAGCAAAGGUACGGCCAUUGUAUUUCGUGGGAUAGUGGAAACACCGUGGGUGAAAUUUCUGGGCACACGCAGCAGAUCAACUCCGUUUCUAUCCGUCAGCAACGACCGCUCCGUGCUGCUGCUGUGGGUGACGACAAGGCCCUGAUCUUCUAUCAUGGAGCGCCGUUCAAGUUUAACAUGGGUGUUCGUGACAAGCACACAAACUAUAUCUACGGAACUAGUUUCAGCCCUGAUGGUUCAACGUUGGUCAGCGUUGGUGCUGAUAGGAAGAUUUGGUUGUAUGACGGCAAGACCGGAGAGACCAAGGGCCAAAUUGGAGAAGGAGAACAUAAAGGCAGUAUUUUUGCUGUUUCGUGGGCCAAGGAUUCUCGAAAAUUUGUGACUGCGAGUGCCGACAAAACCGUCAAAAUCUGGGAUGUGGAAGCUGGCAAGGUUACUCAGGCCUGGAACAUCGGAGGGGAAGGAAAUACAAAUGUCCAAGACCAGCAGGUUGGAGUUGUCUGGCCCCAGGGCAGAAGCGACAACCUUCUGAUCAGUUUGUCACUGAGUGGUGACCUUAAUUAUCUUGUCGAGGGCACACCUGAGCCCAGACAAAUUAUUCAAGGCCAUCAGAAGAACAUUACAUCUUUGACGACGUAUGGGUCUAGUAGCGGUGAAGAGACCCUGUGGACGGGAAGCUUCGAUGGAAGGGUCUGCAGCUGGGAUGUCGCGACUGGCACGGCAGAGGAAAUAGAGGGGGAUCGUCACUCCACAUAUAUUGCUGGCCUCACCCCUACCCAAGAAGGAGCCGGUAGGAUCUACAGCGUUGCCUGGGAUGAUACCAUUCGUUCUGUAGACGUUGGCGCAAAGACCUAUACCGGCAGCUCUUCCAAGCUCUCUGGCCAACCUAAGGGCAUCGCUACCUCCAACAAUACCAUUCUGGUGGCAAGCUCGGAUAACAUUGAGCUCCUUAAGGAUGGACAGAAACAAGGCGAGUUCAAGGCGAAAUUCUCUGUGACUGCGGUCGCAGCCCAUGAGAACGUCGCAGCUAUCGGAGGGGAUGACUCCACCGUUCAGAUUUGCGACGUUUCUGGGUCGAGCUUGACACCGAAGACGGAUAUUAAAGUAUCCCGAAAUCCAGUAUCUGCUUUGGCAUUUUCUUGCGAUGGAUCACACUUGGCUGUCGGUGACUCUCGCGGUCGUAUCCUCGUCUACAAAGUUGCUGACGGGAGCUUGGUCAACGAUCGUUGGACAGCACACACUUCUCGCGUCACCUCCAUUGCCUGGAAUGAGGACGGUAAUCGCGUUGUGAGCGGAGCAUUAGAUACUAACAUCUUUGUGUGGAGCCUGAGUAACCCGGGAGACUGGUUACAGGUGUCUAAUGCUCACAAAGAGGGCGUCAAUGGCGUCGCGUGGAUCGCCGGAGGCUCCAAGAUUGCCUCUGCUGGAGCUGAUGCUGCGGUCAAGUUACGACAAGCGACUUUCAUCCUCCCGAAAACCGGACAACGUUUGAAGGGUCUCGUGCACCUCCGAAAUUCCCAGGUCGAGCCCAACGGCCAUGGCGACAAUGAAGAACGGCGCGGGCUCCUGUCUGGCGAGCUACCUCCCAGCCCAGAAGGGAUUACCUCACGUGUAAAAGGGAGGCUCUUUGAACAGGUGCGUUGGUUGCGGCAGUUCCUCACGUCCGAGCUUGGUAUCGGCGUCCUGAAAUGUAGUCUCGCCUACCUUCUUGGGUCACUUGCAACUUUCGUUCCUGCAAUUGCGGCCUUUCUCGGUCAGCAGGAUGGCAAGCAUAUGGUGGCUACGAUAACGGUAUAUUUCCAUCCAGCCAGGUCUCAAGGCAGUAUGUACAAAGCCUUGAUCUGUGCGUUCCUGGCCUUCCUCUACACUACAUUCGUCUCGGAUACGUUGCACAUGCUUCCCCUCGGCCAUGCUGUUGUUCUGAUUGUAUUCUGUGGGGGUGGUCUGGGAUUCAUUGGAUGGACCAAGCAAAGGCUGGGCGAUCCGCUUGUCAACGUCGCGUGCUCCUUGGCUUCGCUUUCGACCAUUACCGUAUUGACGAAGGAGGGAGCGGUCCAGAGUGGCGAUUUAUCGUUCGUCAAAAUCUCGCAGGUCCUGAAAAUGAUCUUGCUAGGUGUUACGGCCACCAUGGCUGUGUCGUUUCUAAUAUUCCCAAUAUCUGCGCGAAAGAAGCUACGGGCGAAUCUCACGACUACCACGGAGACUCUAGCGACAAUGCUGGCUCUUAUUACUGAGAGUUUUCUGAGCGGCUCCGAAGAGGAGCUCCAAACCGCCGAGUUCCUCGAUGCAGCUGCGCGUCACAAAAAGGCUUAUGCUCAACUUGAUUCCUUGGUCAAAGAAGCCAAACUCGAGCAUUUGGUGAGAGGGACGGAAAAGGAGUAUAGAUUGGAGAAGAACCUUGCUCGGUGGGUGCAAGAUAUCACCCACAAUAUGGGAGGUCUACGCAGUGCUGCUCUGCUGCAGUUUCAAUUGCUGAAGCAGACCAAACCGACUUCGUCAGGGCAAAUGCACACACCAGACAACUUCACCCAUGGAGCCGAUCAUGGUGCAGCAGUGAGCCCGUGGUCACUGCACGACGACCGCUCAUUCUUGGAACCAAUUGUCGAGAGGCCAGAAGAAGAAAUUUCAGAGCCCGAUGCUACGAGGCCUGCUCUGAGCCGGCGCGAGACAUCUGAAUCAGAUGCCCACAUUCCACUUCUGCCAGCGGAUAUGUUUGCCUUGUUCAUUGACCAUCUAGGGCCGUCGAUGCGAUCGCUGGCUUUUACCUUGAAAGAAAUCUUCCGGGAGAUCCCGUUUACCCCGGCGCCACACUACAAAGUUUCAAUUGACAGCAGAUUCCGCAUAAGCCUUGACCGUGCUCUUGCACUGUAUCAAGAAUCCCGUGAACAAGCGCUGAAAGCUAUAUAUCACCAAAAGGAUAUUUUAAACAUUCAAACUUUAGAGGUCGAGGCAGACCUAGAGGAGGUCGCUGCAAGUUGUGGUCAUUUCAGUUUCUCGUUGCUGGAGUUUGGUGAGCAGUUGAAACAAUUGCUUGCCAUUCUCGAUGAGCUGCAACUUGAGGCAGAAGAACGUCCGAAUGGGAGAUCAUGGAAUUGGUUGAAAUUUUGGCGUAAAGGGCCAUCGGAGCAAGGGAAGAAGGUCUCCGAUCAAUCACUCAUCGAGUCAACCCCUAUGCGCUGCGCCAAUGGUCCUCAUCUUGAACCCAACACUCCAAGCCCUCGCGAUAUCGCCUCUAAUAAGAGAAGCCAAUCUGCCAAAGCUAGGUUCGGGUAUCGUAUUUGGAGAUUUUUUGGAGUAUUCCGACGAGAUGAUACGAAAUUCGCCAUCAAGGUCGGCGCUGGUGCGGCACUUUAUGCUUUGCCAUCUUUCAUUUCAUCUACGCGCCCCCUUUACUCUCACUGGAGGGGGGAAUGGGGCCUCCUAUCCUACAUGUUGGUCUGUUCGAUGACUAUUGGGUCAUCUAAUACCACUGGCUAUGCGCGUUUUCUCGGUACCUCUCUAGGGGCCUCCUGUGCCAUCUUAUCCUGGUAUGCUACGGCUGGAAACGUUUUUGGUCUUGCGUUCUUGGGCUUGUUUAUGGCUACGUGGACGUCGUAUCUUAUUAUCGUUAAAAGGCAAGGCCCGAUGGGUCGUUUCAUCAUGUUGACAUAUAACCUUUCGGUUUUGUAUGCCUACUCCCUCACCCAGAAAGACGGGAAGGAUGAUCAAGAUGAGGGAGGGGAUAAGCCGAUUAUCACUGAGAUUGCCCUGCAUCGAGUUGUAGCGGUUCUAUCGGGCUGCAUCUGGGGUAUUAUUAUAACGCGCUUGAUCUGGCCGAUUAGUGCACGGGCGAGACUAAAGGAUGGCCUCAGCUUACUAUGGUUGAGAUUGGGCCUCAUCUGGAAGUGCGGUCCGUUGUCCGCAACGCACAGUUUCAAACAGCCGACCGAGUUUAUGAGCGCUCGUGAGAAACUUGAGGUGGAACGGUUCCUAUCCAACCUCGAGUCCCUGCAAGCGUCUGCGCGCUCUGAAUUCGAGUUGAAACACGCGUUUUCCGAUGAUUCCUAUACGAAUCUCCUCACUCGCACUCGAAGCAUGGUGAACUCCUUUGUUGCUAUGCACCUAGAAUUGGUCAAAAAUAUGACGGCCUCAGAGGGGGAACUUGCCAUCCUUGAAUACACUAUCCAAGAAAGACGGCAAUUGUCCGCUCGCAUCAGUCAUUUGUUAUCCUUUAUGGCUUCUUCUAUGAAGCUAGAAUAUCCCUUGAGCGACGGGUUACCCAGUGUUGAGAAUGCUCGAGACCGACUGCUGGCCCGUCUCUUCCACUAUCGCAAAGAUCCAGAGGCCUCGCAGCUAUCUACAGAUGAAGACUAUGCCCUUCUUUAUGCCUACGGUAUGCCUAAUUAUCCUCUUCCCCGGCUUCGCGCAGCCCGUCGCGCCUCCGCGAGCCUCAACAGCCCGACCAUGCAGAUCAACCCAGCGGAACUGAGUCGAGCAGACUCUACGUCGACCGCGAUAGCAUCAUCAAAGAGCACAGCUCCAAGUGCUCCAUCGACCCAAAAGUCUAUGAAGGCGCUGAUUUCCGUCCCGCGACUGGACCUGGAGCCUAUCUACACGGAGCUGAAAGCCGCUAUCGGCGACAACUGGACUGAGUAUAAGGAGGCCACCACCCUGUUUCUUUUAGGACAAUUAAACCAAAAUGAGCUCUCAUCGCGUGUCGACCAGAUAAUAUGCGCCGACCAGAAAAUCGAGCACCUUCAUAAUAAUUUCAUAUGCGCAAUUAUCGGAAACCUUACAAGAGACCUCCCCGAUCAUGGAGUCGCAAGCUGGGUCUCAGCGAACGACAAACCGUCCGUGGUGUCCAAGCCGACAUCUGGGGACGCGGCAGAACAGCGAUUGAAGACGGAGGUCAUGCAACUGCCUCCCCGGGAUCGUCGACGAAUCAAAGCUAUCCCAGAGCGUGACCCCAAUGAGCCCCUACCCAAUGAGUUGGAAGAAUACCAUCUAGCCAAGCAGAUCAAACUGCCAAGUCAAGUUCCUACAAGCGGAGCUGGCUUGAAUAUGACAAAUUGGGAGUUGGAGAUCCGCAAACGUUACGCACAACCACUCGCAUCGGAGACCGGUGAAUUCCCAGACUCGGAAUCGAUACAUGCGCGGAUGACUCCAAUCUGCUACGAGGAAUCGGUCGCGAAUGGCGCGGGUGCUGCUUGCGCCGAGUUUAUGGCGAUUGCAACGGAGACGUUUGUCAAGGAGGUACUUUCGGUUGUAUUUUCCCGCACGAGGUGCAACGGUCCUUCCGGUACAAUCAACGGCAUGAUGAAACGGACCUACAGACAGCAACUCGAGCGAGAAGAGUUGGCCUUUACUCGUGGAGAAAUCGCUAAGGACAGCGCCACAGGAUUGCUCCCUGUGGAGGCUAAGGAAGCUAGUGUUCGAAGCCCUCUCGGAGUCAGAGACCUUCGAUUAGCCUUGGAGAUAGGGAGCGGAGUUUUGAGCCAUAUGCCUCUUGUUAUCGAUCACAUCAUGGGCGGCUACCUUGAGGAUGAACUCGAAGCCGACAAACAAGACCGGAUUUACGAGAUCGACGACACGAAACACAUGGACUUUGUGGAUGAGAUGGAAAUCGACGAAGUGGAGUCUGAUUGGGAAGGCGCUACAACGGCUGACCGUGACCAACUGGGCGCUUUAUUAGACGAGUGUCUAUCGAUGGCCUCAUAA